CACCAGCACCCUCAGCAGUGAGAGGGAUUAUCCCGGUCGGCCGGGGCCAGGUUGUCCCACAGCAGAGCUCUCCCUGCUCUGCUUGCUCAGAUCCAGCAGAGAGGCAGGGCACCCACUCCUCAUGGAUGCCCUGAGGUGGCUCUUGUGGGCUGGGCUGGGCUACCUGAGCUGCUGCUGUCCCCCCCGGGUGCAGGCGCAGUUCCCCCGAGCCUGCAUGACUGUGGAGGCCCUUCGCUCCAAGCGCUGCUGUCCAGCCUUGGGGAUGGAGCCAGACAACAUCUGCGGGUCCCUGCAGGGCAGGGGACAGUGUCAGGGGGUGCAGGUGGACACUCAGCCCUGGAGUGGGCCCUACACGCUUCAAAAUGUGGAUGACCGGGAACGGUGGCCCCUCAAGUUCUUCAACCAGAGCUGUCGGUGCACAGGGAACUUUGCUGGCUAUAACUGUGGUGACUGCAAGUUUGGCUGGACUGGCCCCGACUGCAAGGUGAGGAAGCCACCGGUUGUCAGGAAGGAUGUCCACUCCCUGACAGCAGAGGAGAGAGAGCAGUUCUUCGAUGCUUUAGACCGUGCAAAGACCACCAUUCACCCGGACUACGUAAUUGCAACUCAGCACUGGAGAAGUCUGCUUGGUCCCACUGGAGAGGAACCGCAAAUUGCCAACUGUAGCAUCUAUAAUUACUUUGUCUGGCUUCAUUACUACUCAGUAAGAGACACACUUUUAGGACCUGGCCGCCCCUUCACAGGUAUUGAUUUCUCCCAUCAAGGACCUGCCUUUGUGACUUGGCAUAGGUACCAUUUGCUGUUGCUGGAGAGAGACCUGCAGCGACUGAUGGGCAACGACUCCUUUGCUCUGCCCUACUGGAAUUUUGCCACAGGCAGAAACGAAUGUGAUGUCUGUACAGAUCAGCUCUUUGGAGCAUCGUGGCCAGAUGACCCAGGGCUGAUCAGCCCGAGCUCCAGGUUCUCCCGAUGGCAAAUAGUUUGUAAUAGCUUGGAUGAGUACAACCGCCUGGUCACGCUGUGCAAUGGCAGUGAUGAAGGGCCCCUGCGGCGGAGGCCACCUCAGGGUUCCAACGAGCAGCUGCCCAGCCCAGAGGAUGUCAGGAGGUGCCUUUCCCUGCAGGAGUUUGACAGCCCCCCCUUUUUCCGCAAUUCCAGUUUCAGCUUCAGGAAUGCGCUGGAGGGCUUCAAUAAACCAGGUGGAGCCCUUAACACACCGAUGCUGAGCCUUCAUAAUUUGGCUCACUUUAAAAAAAAAUCUUUCCUGAAUGGGACCAGUGAUCUCCCUCACGCAGCCGCCAACGAUCCCAUCUUUGUGGUUCUUCACUCCUUUACUGAUGCCGUCUUUGAUGAGUGGAUGAAGCGGUUUAACCCCCCUGACAAUGCCUGGCCUGAGGAGCUGGCCCCCAUCGGUCACAACAGGCGGUAUAACAUGGUCCCUUUUUUCCCUCCUGUGACCAACGACGAGCUCUUCCAAACUGCUGAGCAGCUUGGCUACACCUAUGCCAUCGACCUGCCAGGUUCCCUUGAAGAAACCCAAGCGUGGGCUGUCAUGGCUGGAUCCACAAUUGGAGGAGCACUUAUGGCUCUGUCUGUGCUCGUUCUGCUGCUUGUACUUUUCCAACACCGAAGGCAGAGAAGAGGUUUUGAACCACUGAUGAAUGUGAGCUUCAGCCCUAAAAAGUACAUGGAGGAGGCUUAGUGCCCUCUCUUUGUUUCUUUGCUAAUUCUUGUAGGAAGUGACCUUGAUUGCCUUAGUGAGAUCUUAGCUGAGAGUUUAUCACACACUCCUUUGGCAGCUGACUACAUUGUUUUCCUUUAGCUUUUCCUGUUAUCUUGUGAAUUGUAAUAAAUGAAGUCUCUGGGUAUACAUGCGCAAGGCCCAAGACAGAUCAGACUUUUCUCAUUACCAAAUGUUAUCUGGAGUGUGUGACACUUGUAAGUCAUCCUCUAUAUAUUUAGAUCGAGAUAUCUAAGAAUGCAAAUAGAAGAAAACCAACCUGAAUAGCCAAGAUAAUUUUUUACCUCAAUGUGAUUUUGAUUUCAUUUAGCAGCUCUAAGAUGUACUGAAAGUUAUUAAUCUAUAUCCAUAUUUGAAUUAUAUAUUAUUUUAGAGUUAGCAAUAAAUAUUCUGAAUAA